AAUUCAUAGGGUUCUAGAAAGGUCACCGUACACUGCUUCAAAAUGACAACAUUGCGGGCUUUCACGUGCGACGAUUUGUUUAAAUUCAACAAUAUAAACUUGGAUCCAUUCACAGAAACGUAUGGGAUUCCAUUUUACCUACAGUACCUAGCCCACUGGCCAGAGUACUUCAUUGUUGCAGAGGCACCUGGUGGGGAAUUAAUGGGAUACAUCAUGGGGAAGGCGGAGGGAUCCGUGGCCCGAGAAGAGUGGCACGGCCACGUCACGGCUCUGUCUGUGGCCCCGGAGUUCCGGAGACUGGGACUGGCUGCCAAGCUCAUGGAAAUGUUGGAGGAGAUAUCGGAAAGGAAGGGCGGGUUCUUUGUCGACCUCUUUGUGAGAGUCUCCAAUCAAGUGGCGGUCAACAUGUACAAACAGCUAGGCUACAGCGUCUACAGGACCGUAAUAGAAUACUACUCUGCCAGUAACGGGGAGCCGGAUGAAGACGCCUAUGAUAUGAGGAAGGCUUUGUCGAGGGACACAGACAAGAAGUCUAUCGUCCCCUUGCCGCACCCCGUCAGACCCGAGGAUAUAGAAUAACGGUAGACUGU